AUGGCGACACUGACGGUGCAACAAAUUAUCGAGCUGGUGACCAGAGAACAGGACAUACGGGCGAGCAUCGCGCGGGUCGCCAGAGUGCUCAAGGUGGGUGGGCUGCUGAUCGUGUGGCGGGCGCUGCGGGGUGGAGCGGGCGCUGCAGCGCGACUGGCAGCGGCUGCGGCAACGGUGGCCACGGCGUACCCGUGGCUACUACGGGCGACGGGCAGCCGGUGGGCCGCGUGGAACGGUACAAUUGGGGCGGGGCUGGCGCUGGCCGGCGGCGUGCCGGAGUGGCUGGCGUCUUACGUGGCAGUGGAGGCUGCGGCGAAUGCAGGGGCCGGGCUGGACGCGGCGGUGGGGAAGGCCGGGCCGCGGACGCGGGUGCUGCUGAAGCAGGCGGUAGCAGCGGUGCUGGUCGUGGCGCUGCACCAGGCAACAGUGAAGGCCGGGCUUGCUUCGCGAGCGCUGUUUGCGCGGCGCUCGUUCGCCAUGGACUUUGCGCUCUUCUACGGUGUGUGGAACGCGCUGUCGCUUGGGCGCAUGGCGAAACAAGCGCUGCUAGGGGGACGGCGCGUGCCAGAGCGGCGGCGGGCGACUGCGGACGCGGAUGAGGAGCUUGCGCCGAACGCGCAGCACCUGGUGCGGCGGCUGCGCGAGCUCAACGAGCUGGCGGGUGCGGGCAGUGAGCGCGUCGAAAAGCUACUCGGUGGCACGGUCGGGCGCAACUUCACCAUCUGUCUGAAGUGGGCGAUAUGGCGCCAGACCGUGAGCUGGCUGUUCAACUGCCGCCCUGUGCGCAAUGUAGGGGGCUCCCAGAAAGUGGCGGUGAUCAUGCUGUCUUUUCUGGCCCUGAACGGCGACGAGUACCUGAACGUAAACGGGCGCAUGUUGCGCUUCCUGCUGCGCAGUGUGGUUACUCAGCUGCUGGCUGCCAGGGACCCCCUGCUCAGGCCACUACUGAUGGUAGCGGGUCUGAACCUCGAAUUCUACUUCUAUGGACGGUAG